ACUGCUGUACGCUUUCGUUCAACGUGUGAAAAAUUACCUCCACCGCAACUGAACCAGCUAUCUUUUAGUAACCAAUUUUCAACUGACAUUCAUUAGUUAGGGGUGAAAAUAACGUCGUCGCAGUGACUUUGUCCCGCAUCGAGAUGAUUUCACUCGAAGACGAUUUCGCCGCACUAGCUCAGUCUCAAAUGUCUGACAUAGAGUUGGCGAAAAUGCAAGAAGGAUCGACUUUGAAAUUGGAACAGGUUUUGAUCCCGGGCACCAACAUCACUCUAAUAUGUGAUACAUCAACCGGUCGCCCUCGACCUUACCUCACUUCGCCGUUCCGUCGAGCUGCUUUCGACCGUUGUCAUAACCUCAGCCACCCUGGUGCAUUCUCUUUCUUUCUAUAUUAUCUUUACGCUUGGUAGCAAGUCGCUACGUAUGGCCUAGCAUCAACAAAGAUUUUCGCGAGGGGGCACGUUGCUGUGUUCAGUGCCAGAGAAGCAAGGUAUCGCGGCAUGUUAAAGCACCUGUUGGUCGAUUUAAUCAACCUACCAGUCGAUUCCGUCAUCUGCACAUCGACAUCAUCAGCCCACUUCCAUGUUCUAACGGUUCCAGUUAUUGUUUGACCGCUAUAGACCAUUAACACGGUGGCCGGAGGCUUGGCCGAUGGUGACGAUAACUGCAGAAGAAGUUUCCGACAAAUUAGUGACAGGGUGGAUUGCCCGUUUCGGUGUUCCUAGCAUCGUCACCACCGAUCAGGGGCGUCAGUUUGAGUCGGCGCUAUUUCGGCGACUCAUGAAUUUCUGCGGAACGAAAAGAACCCGCACCACCAGUUACUAUCCUUGCGCCACCUAAUCAGUCCCGCAGAGACAUCUGAUUUAAUAACGCAACUGAGACGUGUGAUGGUGUCGAUUCGGCCGGUUCCUACAUUUCACCACGACAGGCCUUCGUCUUUUAUCUUCGACACUUCUCGAAGAUCGUUGCAACCGCCGUACUCCGGACCUCACCGCGUCCUCGAUAGAAGGGACAAGACAAUUUCGCUUGACGUCGGCGGAAGGACAGUCACCGUCAGCAUCGAUCGUGUGAAAUCUGCGCACAGUGAUGCUGAUGUCACCGAUGGCUUCCGACCCCCAGCUGCUGUGCCACCGACUAGGCAUCCCCUGGCUACAGUCCCACGGCAGUUGCCGUCUUCAGUUCCUUCAGACAAACCAACCACCUCCUCGCCCGGCACUCCGUACACGACCUGGUUAGGAAGGUCUCACGUCACGUCGCAGGAAGUUUACGAGGCACGUGUCCAGCUUCCUCGGACACAGGAUGUUUUGCGGUGCAAAUGUGCAAUCCAAGAGUUUCUGAAGUAA